CACUCGGGAGACCAGCCCGGCGCGUGGCCCCUGCAGGCGAGGCGAGAAGGCAAGCCAAGUUCCCCUUGCGCUCUUGCGCCUUUCAAGGCCCCCCGCGCCCGCAGCGGGCACAAAGUAACCCCGGGCCACUCAGAACUUAAGUGCCCCACUAGACCCAGCGGGCCUGCCCUCAGCCGGGCUUCUGCCAUCUAGUCAUCGUUCGAUCCAUCCGUCGAUCCUGCACACCGCAGCGAUGCCAGCACCUCUGGAGACCUGCCUCUCCGACCUCGACUGCGCCAGCAGCAGCGACCUGUCCGGCUUCCUCACCGACGAGGAGGACUGUGCCAGGUUCCAAUCUCCAGCCCCCGUCUCGGGGCCGCCCGCGCCCGCCCGCAGGGGUGCCCGAGGGAUGCCCGCAGCGUCUGAUGUUCCAGGGGCUCAGGACGAGGAGCAGGAGCGGCGGCGGCGCCGGGGUCGCGUGCGAGUGCGCUCGGAGGCGCUGCUGCACUCCCUGCGCAGAAGCCGGCGCGUCAAGGCCAAUGACCGUGAGCGCAACCGCAUGCACAACCUGAACGCGGCGCUGGACGCGCUGCGCAGCGUGCUGCCCUCCUUCCCCGACGACACCAAGCUCACCAAGAUCGAGACGCUGCGCUUCGCCUACAACUACAUCUGGGCGCUGGCCGAGACACUGCGCCUGGCCGAUCAAGGGCUGCCCGGGGGCGGUGCCCGGGAGCGUCUCCUGUCUCCGCAGUGCGCGCCCUGCCUGCCCCGGCCCCCGAGCCCGGCCAGCGACUCUGAGUCCUGGGGCUCCGGUGCUGCCUCCUCCCCCUGCGCCGCCGCCGCCUCACCACUCUCUGACCCCAGUAGUCCUGCUGCGUCGGAAGACUUCCCCUACGGCACUGGCGACCCCCUUUUCUCCUUCCCUGGCCUGCCCAAAGACUUGCUCCACACCACACCGUGUUUCGUCCCUUACCACUAGGCCCUCUGCAGACACCGUUACCUUCCUCUUUCCCCAGUCAACAGGCAAUAACCCGGAACCCAGCUGCGGCCUCAGGACCCCUACUCCAGGCGGAGGGAGGGAGCGGGAGCUUUCAAAUGGUUGGGGGAUACCUGAGAAGCUUGUUAGGUCGCUGCACCCUCGUUGAGGCUGUCCCUUGGUCUGUUUCUCCAGACUUCAGCAACCCCCUCCUGCCCGCCCUCAGCCUGGCCUUUCCUUUUGCACUUUCUGAACUCCACAAAAACCUCCUUUGUGGCUGGCUCAGAACUGACCCCAGCCACCACUUCAGUGUGAUUUGGAAAAGGGACAGAUGAGCCCCUGAAGACGAGGUGAAAAGUCAAUUUUACAAUUUGUAGAACUCUAAUGAAGAAAAACGAGCAUGACAAUUCGGUUUGAGCCGGCUGACAAUACAAUGAAAAGGCUUAAAAAGGAGACACAAGGAAUGGGCUUCAUGCAUUAUGGAUCCUGACCCCCACCACUAGAGUCGAGCUCUAGGAAGGACCCAAGCGCUUGGUAGCUAUUCAGGCACUGGGCUGGAGGGUACUUUAAUUUAUUCAAGAUACUUCAUUCAUAUGAAAAUGUAUU